AUGACCGCCAAAAAAGUUCAAGCAGGCCUUUCGCAAACACUGCUACUUACCGCAGACAAUCCCAACGACAUUCUCCACCUAGAUUGUGUGCUGCAUACACAAGCAGAGACAUUUGACAUGAAGUCUGACAAGAAGAAAGGGGCUCCGGCUCCCAGUCGUAUCGCCGAUGCGCGAUUCAGCAACUUCGAGACGGAUCCCCGAUUCCGCUUGCCCUCCAAGAAAAAUGCCAAAACCAAGCUCGACAAGCGAUUCGCGGGCAUGCUCGACGACGAAGACUUUACAUCUACUUCCCACGUCGAUCGAUACGGCCGCAAGGUGAAAUCCGACUCCAAGAAGAAGGCUUUGCAGCGCCUGUAUGAGGCGGAAGACGACAAAGAGGAGGGGGAAGAGAAGGGCAGCGAAGCCGAAAUUGAGGUCGACGAUGAUGAUGCCGUCCAGCGAGAGCUUCGUGCUGUUCAUGAGCGCGACUUGCGCGCCAACUACGAUCCCGCGCGUGGCGGUGGUUUCUCAUCUUCUGAAGAAGAAGACUCAUCAGAAGAGGAAGACUCCGACGAUGACGACGACGGCGGCGCAGAACUCAUCACUGAAGGCGACAUGCAAAGAUUGCAAGACGAGCAGGCCGAAGUUGAGGCUGGCGAGGUUUCGAAACGGAUAGCCAUUGUCAAUCUCGACUGGGACCACGUAAACUCGACGAAUCUCUUCGCCCUCUUCUCCAGUUUCAUUGGGGAAAGCUCUGGGCGCGUGAUCAAGGUGUCUGUAUACCCCAGUGAAUUCGGCAAGGAGCGCAUGCAGCGAGAAGAGAUCGAGGGUCCGCCCAAGGAACUCUUCAAGGAGAGCAAGGACGACUCAGACAGCGACGAGGAAGAAGACUCUGACGAGGAGGACGAAAAAAUCAAAAAUAAGCUCAUUCAAGAAGGUGACGACCAAGAAUUCGAUAGCGAUGCUUUGCGAAAGUACCAGCUCGACCGCCUACGAUAUUACUAUGCCAUUAUGGAGUGCUCCGACGAAAAGAUUGCGCAACAACUCUAUGAGGCGACUGACGGAACUGAAUAUCAGUCUUCCUCUAAUUUUCUCGACCUGCGUUUCGUGCCGGACGACGUCGAAUUUGACGAUGAGCCUCGCGAUGAGUGCACAGAGCUUCCCGACUCGUACAAGCCCGUCGACUUCGUUACCACGGCGCUGCAGAGCUCCAAGGUCAAGCUCACGUGGGACUUGCAUCCCGAGGAGGCGACACGCAAAGACUCUAUCAAGCGCGCAUUCACCGGCAGCCGGGCGGAUCUCGAAGAGAAUGAUCUGCGCGCCUAUCUGGCCAGCGACACCGAAGGCUCCGACGAUGACGACGACGACGGCCACAAGGUAGCCACUUUUGGCGUAGAGGAUGGCAAUGGUGUCAGUGACAACGAUGACGGUGACAACCCGGACGGCCAAGCGGGAGAGGAGAAGCCCAAGCUAUCCAAGCAGGAGCGCGCACGUCAAAAGAUGCGCGCAGCGCUCGGUCUGGGCGAGAAGCCCGCGCCCAAGGCAGCCAAGGGCGGACCUGUCGGCGAGAUGCAAAUCACAUUCACCCCGGCGCUCUCUGAGGCCAAGGCCACAAAGUCUGCCGAGGACGGGGAGGAGACGACGAUUGAAAAGUAUAAGCGCAAGGAGCGCGAACGUAAAGAACGCAAGCGCGAGGCUGCGCGUGCUCGUCGCGCCGGUGCCAACGGCGAAACCGCCGCUGCUGGCAGCGACGACGACGAGGGCGGCGCGACCAUGACCUUUAACAACAAUGACGACGGCGGCGAGGAUCUCGGCUUCGACGAUCCCUUCUUCACCUCGGAGGCCCCCGCCGCAGCCUCCAAGACAUCCAUCCGCAAGGCCGAGCGCCUUCAAAAACGCGAGGCCCGCCUCGCCGCCUCGGCCGCCGACGCCGAGGAGCGCGCACACCUCAGCAAAGUCAUGGCCGAGGACGAUGCCGAAGGCGGAGCGACGGCCGCGCACCUCGACCACUUUGACAUGAAGGAGAUUCUGCGCGCCGAGAAGCAGCAACGCAAAAAGGCCAAAGCAAAGGGUAAAGCGAAGAAGGCGGCGGCGGCGGCGGAGAAGAAGGGUGGCGCUGCAGAGCUGCAAGGGGACUUUGAGAUGGAUGUCGGGGACGCUCGCUUCCAGGCCGUGUUUGACAGCCACGAGUACGCGAUUGACCCGUCACACCCCAAGUUUACGGCGUCGGCAGGUAUGAAGCAGGUUUUGGAGGAGAGCCGCCGCAAGAGGCGCGCGGGGGACUCGUCGGAGGGGCGCGAGGAGACGAGGAAGAGCAAAAAGACCAAGUCGAGGCGCUGA